GCCCGGGUUGGGUGGGGGGUAUUGGCGAGAAAGAUUUGCUGGGUGGGAGGCCCCGAACCUAUUCUGUUUUUGAAGCCGGGUGGAAUAGGCGCUUAGGAAGCGGACCUUCUUUGGCUGGAUCUAGCCCCUACGGGGUUUAUCUGAGCGUGACUUGGGAGUGGGGUGUGGCGAAUAAAACUUAUCUCAAAGCGCACUGGAUAACGGAGCUGCUGGGUAAGUAAUAGUCCGAGCAGAUUCAGUUAAUGAUGCAUUUGACCCAGCGGUUGAUCCAGCACCAUCAGUAACAGUAGCAAAGUCAUAGCCUGCAGCUCCGGUUUCAUACCCAUAUGUAGUGUAGUUCCAGAACCAGCGGAUUCAGCAGCGUCUGAACCGGGGACAAGGGUGUCAUCAGCACUAGUUUCCCCUAUUCCAGUCCCAGAUCCCGUGCCUGCAGAAGCGAAGGUGGCAGUAUCUGUAUGGGCAGGGGUGAAUGCAGAAGCUACCGUUUCAUCACCCAACAUCCUUGCCCGUGCCAGAACCUGUGAAUGACCCCAGCAUAUUCACCAACAGCAGCUAAGGCAGAACCAGGAGCAUCCCCUCCCAAUCGAGAACUUGUUCCAGUCCCGAAUACGGAUCCGAGGCGAGCAGUCUAACCCACGGUAGUUUAAGUAUAAGUAAAGGAGGCAGUUUCUUCACCCAAGACCCAGUUGACAUCUAAGCAGAUUAAAGCGAAGGUCGAAUGCAGGGUUCAGUUGGACCAGUGGGGUGGGCCCUACUAUUCUAAGGGGAAGUUUUUGGGGUUUAUUGAGAAAUUCAACAUUGCCUAUCUCCCCUAACCCACCCUGGCGAUCGGAUUAUUCGAUCCGUAGACGGCACAUUCUUAUUCUUAUUGUUUCGUUCCCGGAUGAAGUGAAGAUAGCACCGGCCCGAGAUGAGAUCAUCUAUCCUUUACACCGGUAGGGGCGGAGCUAGUCACUACUUGUAUUAGCUGGGGCCUGCCUCUCUCAAUUCGAUUGAAAGGUGGGCAGGGAGGGUUUGGGAAAGGGGUGAGAAUAAGAAGUGAUCGGCAAUGGAGGAUCCGGAAUCGGGGGGCUAUCGAGGCUACGUUAGGCUACGGGGGUCUAGGAGCCCCCACAAGGCGUUAAUGCAUAAAUGACCCGGGUUCGAGGAGGGAACCGGUUAGGGUGGGGAAUGAGGUUGCCUCAAAGUCGAAUCAAUCCCUCUCGGUUUCUUUAGGCUCAAUCUAGGCCCUACUAUUCUAUGGGGCCCCGCCCAAUUCUAUGGGCCUUCUCGAUUCUAUACGUAACAUGCCUAUAAUGUUGCCCCUACUAUUCUGGUAGGUCGGGGUGGGCCCCUACUAUUCUAUGGCAGGUGGAUGAUAGUUGGCAUGUUACGUAUAGAAUCUCGAGCUCCGGGGUCUUCACGCAUAUGUAUCAACUCUUCUUUUGGAACCAUAGCUGCAAGAAGUCAUCAGUUCAAAGCUCGCCUUCCUUCUCGACUAACGUGGCGCCGCCCCUAACUUUUGAGAACCAACUCCUAGUUCCCCGUUCCCGAAAUGUUGAUUAAUUGUAUUGAUGAUUUGGGAAUUUGUUCAUUCCGGGGGCACCCGACAUGGCAUUUCCACGAUUGCAUAACAUUCCCUCCCGGUCGUCGCCGCCUUCGCCGUCGCCAUUCCCAGCCUUGGUAGAAGUGGGUAGCGGCACUGGGUGGACGGUCUAUCCGCUUGAGCAUCAAUCUAUUGUGCGGGAAGGGAGUUAGCCGGUUACAGUACUUCCGGUGUCGGCCUUCCUUGCUAGAUUUUAUUGCCUUGUAUUUUUUUGAAACUAUUAGAACAGAACACGGAACUCACUACUCCAUCAGAAAACAAAAUGACCAACUAUAGGACCGAUCUAAAGGUUGAUGAGAUCGGUCGAGUGGUCUCAGUCGGAGAUGGGAUUGCACGUGUCUAUGGAUUGAACGAGAUUCAAGCUGGGGAAAUGGUCGAAUUUGCCAGCGGUGUGAAAGGAAUAGCGUUGAAUCUUGAGAAUGAGAAUGUAGGUAUCGUCGUAUCCGGUAACGACGUUGCCAUAAAAGAAGGAGAUUUGGUCAAGCGGACUGGAUCUAUUGUGGAUGUCCCCGUGGGAAAGGCCCUGCCAGGUCGUGUGGUGGAUGCGUUGGGAGUACCUAUUGAUGGAAAAGGGGCACUACAGGUCGAUGAGGGCGCCGCCGAACGAAGACGUGUCGAAGCGAAAGCCCCAGGGAUUAUCGAACGUAAAUCCGUGCACGAACCUCUGCAAACAGGGUUAAAAGCGGUGGAUAGCCUGGUUCCUAUAGGCCGUGGUCAACGAGAACUGAUCAUUGGAGACCGGCAAACUGGGAAAACCGCUAUAGCUAUUGAUAUCAUAUCAAACCAGAAGCGCUCCCACCGUAGUUCGGGCACCUCUGAUAGUGUGUAUCGCGUCCAUGUAGCGAUUGGGCAAAAACGCUCGACCGUGGCCCAAUUGGUUCAAAUUCUCCCGGAAGCGGAUGCGUUGGAGUAUUCCGUAAUCAAUGCAGCCACCGCUUCGGAUCCUGCUCCUCCGCAAUUUCUGGCCCCAUAUUCCGGGUGUGCCAUGGGAGAAUAUUCUCGUGAUAAUGGAAUGCACGCAUUAAUCAUCUAUGAUGAUCCGAGUAAACAGGCGGUGGCGUAUCGACAAAUGUCAUUAUCGCUUCGCCGCCCACCAGGCCGUGAGGCUUUCCCAGGGGAUGUUUUCUAUUCGCACUCCCGUCUAUCGGAAAGAGCCGCAAAACGAUCGGACCAGACAGGUGCGGGUAGCUUGACCGCGUUACCCGUAAUCGAAACACAAGCUGGAGACGUGUCGGCCUAUAUCCCUACCAAUGUGAUCCCCAUUACAGAUGGACAGAUUUGUCUGGAAACAGAGCUCUUCCAUCGCGGAAUUAGACCGGCUAUUAACGUUGGCUUACCCGUCAGUCGCGUUGGGUCCGCCGCUCAGUUGAAAGCUAUGAAACAAGUACGCGGUAGUUCAAAACCCGAAUCGGCGCAAUACCGUGAAGUGGCCGCCUUUGCUCAAUCCGGGUCAGACCUUGAUGCUGCGACUCAGGCACUAUCAAAUAGAGGUGCU